GUAACACAAGUUGCCGGAUAUAACUCAAAGAGAAAGGACUACAACUGCUGAAAUAUACAGUUCUCUAUUAUCUUUGAGAAUCUACAUCAUCACUUUCUACUGGGUCUAGAGGUAGGAACAACUGAAAUCUUGUGAUACAAGAUCAGAAUCUGGUGAUAUUUAGAAUGUAUCAUAAGGUUUUUAUAGAAUACGAUAACUGACAUUUUAACAGGGACCAGCGUUUAUCAAAGAAUUUGUAAGUGACUGAACGUGACAGUGAUUGUUUAUGUAGAAUAUGGCAGCUGUAGCUUACACGUCUCCAGGACAUAAAAGCUCGAAGGAAACCAAACGUGUUUCAACAUCGGUUAAAUUGCAACUGAACAAGGAUUGGAUUAAUAAAACAAUAGUAGGCGAUGGGCAAGGAGAGUUGGAUAUAGAUCCUGGCUCAUCUACAUAUGUGUGGAUUAAAGGUUCAGAAUCGCCUACAUAUGGAAGUAGUCCUACAUCACCGGUGAGGAUAAAAAGUCCUACAUCACCGGUGAGGAUAAAAAGUCCUACAUCACCAGUAUGGGCCAAAUGUCCUAAGUCACCAGUGAGUUUAAAAAGUCCGACAUCACCAGUGAGCAUAAAAAGUCCUACAUCACCAGGCUGGGCCAAAUGUCCUAAGUCACCAGUGAGUAUAAAAAGUCCGACAUCACCAGUGAGCAUAAAAAGUCCUACAUCACCAGUCUGGGUCAAACGUCCUACUUCACCCAUAAGGAUCAAAACUUCUACUUCUCCAGUGAAUGUAAAUUGUCCUACCUCGCCAGUGUGGGCCAAACGUCCUACUUCAGCAGUGAGCAUAAGAAGUCCAACAUCACCAGUGAGUAUAAAAAGUCCUACAUCACCAGUAUGGGCCAAACAUCCUACUUCGCCAGUAAGGAUCAAAAGUCCUACUCCAGUGAAUAUUAAAAGUCCUACCUCCCCAGUGUGGGCCAAACGUCCUACUUCAGCAGUGAGCGUAAAAAGUCCUAUAUCACCAGUGAGCAUUAAAAGUCCUACAUCACCAGUGAGCAUAAAAAGUCCUACUUUACCAGUAUGGGCUAAACGUCCCACAUCAUUAUUAAAGAUCAAGGAUUCUACUUCACCAGAGAAAGCAAAAACCUUUACAACAUCUUCGAGGGCUAAAAGUCCUACUUCAGUAAGCAACAAGAGUAUAACUUUACCACUAACUCCAGCCUCACCAGUAAGGAAUAAAAGGCCUUCUUUAUCAGUAAGGACCAAAAGUCCUACUUCGCCAGCGAUGACCAAAAGUCCUCCUCUACCAGGAAAGGUAAAACAUACUAGUUCACCGGUAAGAGUCAAAGAUUCUACCUUACCAGAGCAAGAAGAAGCCUUUAAAACACCAGUGUGGGUGAAAAGUGUCAAAAGCCCCUCUUUGCCUGUGAGUCCCUCAAUACCAGACACGCCAAGCAGCAUUGCAUUAUCUUUCAACUUGAGGAAAUCACCACAACGCCAGAUAUCACAAAUAUCUAGUACCAGUUCCAAUCUUUCAAAGUCAUCGAAAACUUCAACUGAUGAUUUAUGUGACACUCCCGAGAGUCCUAUAACACCACAGUCGCCACCUAUUAGCCAACAUAUCCAUGAUAAUAAUCUUCGAAUUCGUAACAUCAGCGCCUUGUUACGUGCAGUGAGCCAUGACUCCAAGGGAAAGCGUACAAAAUGUAAGCUACAAAUGAAACGCAUUGUCAGUUGCCCAGAAGAGGGAGAUAACAAAGUAAAUCCAAAAAGUCCAGAAAUCUUUAGAACUGACCUUUCAACUGAAAUGUCAGGUGGGGCAACCAGGCCUGGGACUUUAUCAACUGGGAGCGUCACCCCUCAGUAUGGCACAAGUUAUAUGUAUACUAACUCGAACAGUCAAGUUAGUUACCCGGAGUCCAAUGAUUCAAACCAAAUCAAUGUGUCAUCAUAUGUUUCACCAGAGCCUUCUCUAAUAAGGAGUAAAAGUUCUGGAAGUUAUGAUAGCGUUGAUAGUGGGAUUGAUGCAGUGAG